CCCAUACCUAUAUGAGCGCACCUCUUGCCCAUCAUGCAUAAUCUCGGAGGGUUGCCUGUGCAUUUUGCCAGAUAUAUAUCUUCCCCUGAGCCGUUUCUUUCUCCCCCUACACCAUGUCAGCUUUUGCCCAUCAGCAGUAAGACGUGCGGGCCCAGCCUCUCUCUAUCUUGCGACCCUCCUCCCAAGCAACCUACAACACUCGAAAAUAGAUUACUUUCACUACGCAGUCGGUGAAGAUCAAGCCAAAGUGUUCACUUACACGGUCCUCCCGGAUUUCGUGAAAUACAAGCAAUAUGAGCCGGCGUGUCCACUCCGGCCGACAGGCUGGCUCUGAAAAAGCUCUCGGGGUUUUAUCGCGAGACCCUACACAAGCUGUUGAUGGACCGCAAGGCAAUGAUACACUGCUUCCUACGCACAGUGGACAAGACCGCAAGCGACAUUAUGGACUGUUUCGUAUUGAUACUGCUGGAGAGAGCGGCCGAACGGGUAUUCACCCUGUUCACUUUAUACGGGUCUGUUUUCGGAGCACCUGUACGUUAUCCAUGCUGGUCAAUGUUCUUUGGCCCUUUGUUCCCGCUGCUGUUGCCAUCCACUUUGCUCGGCCUGAUCUUCAUGUUUGGGUCUUCGCCCUCAAUUAUAUCGCUAUGGUUCCAUCCGCGAAUCUGCUUGGGUUCGCCGGAGGAGAGCUUGCGAAGAAGCUUCCCAAAGUCCUUGGCGUUCUCUUAGAGACAACACUAAGCUCUGUGGUUGAAAUUGUUCUCUUCAUGGUCUUGAUUCAUAACGACAAGAAUGGCGACCUCAUCCCAGUCAUCCAGGCUGCAAUUCUGGGCUCCGUGCUGGCAAAUCUGUUACUCUGCCUUGGGCUUUGUUUCUUCUUUGGUGGCAUCGGGCGGGAAGAGCAGUCAUUCCAUGAAGCCGUGAGCGAAGUAGGCUCCGGGCUGUUGCUGGUUGCGGGUUUCGGACUGCUGAUCCCCAGUGCCUUCUACUCCACCUUGAGUAGCAGUUCAACGCAUACACAAAUCACCCCGGAAGUGCUGAAUCAAUCUACUUUAGUCAUCAGUCGAGCUACUGCAGUAAUCCUCCUAGUCGCCUUCCUGAUGUAUCUAUUUUAUAAUCUUCAUAGUCACCACAGUAUCUUCGACGAAGUCCUCGAAUUUGACGAGCAUCAGGAUGAGGACCGAGAAAAAGAAUUGAAGCGCGCAAAGCUCACCUUACUAGAAUGCUUCAUCGCCAUUGCAGCAUCUCUCGCUUUUGUUUGCAUGGCGGCGGUUUUCUUGGUGGAGGAGAUCGAGCACAUUGUUGAGAGAGGAGUGUCCGACAAUUUUGUCGGGUUGAUCCUUGUGCCUUUGGUCGAGAAAGCGGCAGAGCAUCUGACUGCAAUUGAUGAAGCCUGGGAUAACCAGAUCAACUUCGCCCUUUUCCACUGCCUUGGGCCAUCAAUUCAGACGGCGUUAUUGAAUGCGCCUCUGGCAGUGAUUGUGGGAUGGGGUCUUGGAAAAGACUUGGGCUUGAACUUUGAGAUCUUCAUGAUUGUCUUGGUAGUGUUGUCCAUUCUGGUUGUUGGCAACUUCCUCCGCGACGGCAAGUCUAAUUACCUCGAAGGGGGCCUGUGCGUGUUGGUGUAUGUGAUCAUAGCCGUGAGCACAUGGUAUUAUCCCAAGAUUGAGACACAAGGCGAGUCAGAGGCAUGAUAGGUCUGCUAGAAAAGCAUCUCGGGU